AUGGCAUCCAGCAGCCUUAUUCCUGGCUUCUCAGCAGAGCAAGUCCGCUCCAUUACCAAGCUUAUAGAAGACGUGCUCGACAAGGCACUCGACAAGCACUUUGGCACACUACCGCCACGGCAAAAGCAAUCAGUCAUAGCGCCAAAGCCGGCACAGCCACCAAAGCAGGAACAAGAGCAUAGGCCAUUGCAACAGGCAAAGAUGAAAAAUUGCGGAGAAAACUGUGGAAAAAAUACGGAGAACAUUGCGGAGAAACAGAGCAUCGCCAGCAGCAGCAGUCCUAUUCAAGAGGGCACUCUCUCCACAAUUCCACACCAGGCCACUAUGCAUAUUUCCGGAGAACCUUCCCUCGCCUCAGCAAUACACCAGUUUUCGCCACCCCUCUCGCCUCUCUUCCACCUCUCAACUCGCCUCUCCGCUCGGUUAUAUUCGUCAGCGAAGGAUAUGGAGGCUAUAGGCCAAGGAUAG